AUGAACUUCCUUGAUGCAUACGACAUUACCGACUCCCCUACUGCUCUGCCAGGAGACCAGCCCGAGACCAGUCUGAACGAGGAGGUCUCUCAGGUCGUUGGGCAGCUCUCACGAUUCUGGGGUGGCUUUAGGAAGCAGAGCCAAGCUGUGAUUGAAACAGCGCGCAAAGACUUAGGCGAGGUCGUCUCGCAGGCCCAGAAGGAGCUUAACAAGUUGACCACAGAGGCACCCGCAACCGGGUCCACAGUAUCAGCUUCCGAAAGCAGCACCGAAGCAGGACCUUCGAUAGAGACUCAAACAGACAAGGUGGACGACGUUUCAACGUCCGCAUCAACAUCAACAAUUGAGAUCUCCAAGUCUCCGGAUGAUGCAGAGUCCACACCUACACCGUCGCAAACUGACAGCGAACAACCACCUGCCCAGCCCCAGACCCUCCUCGCUCGCCUCCAGGCGUCUCUCCCUCCUCAGCUCGUCUCUUCUGUUCAAGAACGCCUCCCCGAGUCGAUCAAACACGCAAGCGCCAGCUCGCUCUCCUCCAUUUCUCUCUCCGCACCCGACUUCGCGCAGCUCCGUAGCACCAUCGCCACCGAGCUGCAAAAGGUCCAAGGUAGCAGCGAGGUGCUCCUACAACGCGUGCAGGGUAGUGGCGGGGAGCUUCUACAGCGCGUACAGGGCAGCAGUGAGGAGCUGCUACGCGAGGCGAGCGAGUUCCUCAAGGAUGCUGUGCGCGUGGUCCCGCCCGAAGAGGGCACUUCCUCCGGCGUCGUAUGGGAUGGGACGGAUGUGUGGAUGAUCCCGACGUACAGCACUGCCGAAGGCUCGAGUCCACGGUCGAGCACGAGCGACAAGGGGAAGGGCAAGGAACGGAGGUCGAUGGACAGUAUACGCGCUGCGACGCGCGCGGAGGCGCUGCUUACACAGUUGCGCCACGACCCAAACGUCGUCCGCGUCGACCCUGCUGCCGAGGGCAGACGAGAUGCGGAAAUGUACCGGGCGUGGUUUGAGAAGGAGGUAGAGCAGGCAGGCGGGAUCGACGCCGACUUUUGGAAGGAGAGAAUAGAAAAGGAGAGGAAUGACAGGCCAGAGGUUGUGUCGCUCUUCGAGAUUCUAGUGCCAGAAGACAUGGACGCGGCGACAUUCUGGGCACGCUACUUCUUCCGCAUGCACCAGGUCGAGCACGAAGAAGAGCGCCGAAAGGCACUUCUGCAGGGCACGAUCGGAAAUGAAGAGGAUUUCAGUUGGGAAGACGAGGAGGAGGAUGCCCCGGGUCCCGCUCCCGGCGUGCCCGCCCCGCUACCUGCAGCUUUCGAGCCCUUUUGCACACAACCCGCCCCGACGUCAACAGCGGCAUCGACAUCUAACGCUGCAGUGGCUACACCCCCCGCGUCGACGCCCGCACACGGCAGUCCGCGCCAGAGCAGUGAAGAUAGCUUUGACGUCGUCUCGUCACAGGUGAGCCGCGUUGGGAGCGUGAGUGUGAUCUCGGAGGAGACGGCCGCGGAGGCGAAGGCGCAGGUCGGUGAUGAGAAGAAGGACGAGGACGAAGCGGACAGCGAUUGGGAAUGA